AUGGGAUCUGAAGCUCAAUGCGCUAUCCAAGAUGAUGCCCAAGUCCCGAACAGUAUUGACUUCUUGAAGGGGUGUGUUGUUUAUGAAGUAUGUGGCUUGAAACGGAACCCUCUUUCUUUGCCACAGACAAUAUCAAAUAAUUGGGAAUCUUACGUCUUCAAUGGCAAGGAGUAUAUUUUACAUAAUCUGGGAGUUAAAUGGGAGAACGCUGAAAUUUUAUGUAGAGGCUACCACAAUGGAUCUUUAGCGAUUUUGGACAAGAAAGAGAUAGCGGAGUUCUUAGCUGAAGCAUUAUCGGAGUCCCAGUUCGAUAUAGAUUCAAUAUGGGUGGGCGCUAGAAGGGAUACGGCAGACGACCCCGAAGGCUACAGAUGGGCUCAAGGUGUGGAACUGAAACGGACUGAUGCAGACGUCCUGACGAGUGAGCUGGCCGGCGAUAACCUGCACUAUCCGAUUUGGGUGAACAGAACCGGAGUGCCAGUGCCCGAGGGUGGAGCAGAUUGCGUCGCUCUGGAGAGGGUGCAACACGAUAGACCUGUGUUCCUAGAUUUACCGUGUGGAAUCGAAAGGCCGUUCUCCUGUGAAAGAGAAGCGAGAGCUGAUAUCAGAGUACGGGAGUCGGGCAUUGUGAGAUGCAGGUCCGGAUUGUAUCACGUUUACAGUGGUCAAAUGGAUUGGCAUCAAGCAGCUACGCAUUGCAUUAUGAACAAGAUGAGCCUGGCAACUAUUAACUCGAUGAAGUGCUUGAAGAAACUCGGAUUGGCCAUGCUGAAGGCGAGGCCUAGUAUCGAGAAUGCGUGGAUCGGGGCGAAAGGGAGACUAGGUAAUUGGACGUGGAUCGAUACUGGCGCGUCCAUCAUACAGCCAACUAACGAGGCUGAAUUAAACAAUGAAAUAUGGCCGCCUUUAAGGGAUAGAAACAUGAAACAAAGCGGCUGUCUUCAACUCGACAGACACUCUUCGAAGAGUCCUUUAUUCUUGGAAGCUAGAUGCGAACGGAAAAUGCAAUUUAUUUGUUAUAAAGGCCUACCCACGCUACGUCUUCCAGUACCGCCACCUAGCGAUGACUUAUAUUACUACAUUUUGGUUCAACAAAAAUAUUACUGGCAGCACGCAUUUGAUAAUUGCCGUAAAAUGAACGGAAGCUUAGCGAGUGUUGAAAGUAAUGAUGUUCUAAUACAAUUACUUCUAGUUAUGGGAGAAAAUAAGAAUAACCCCGUGGAACACAUUUGGGUAUCUGGCCAUUUGAAUAUCACAAAAGACAUUGCAACAGACGCAGUAACAUAUGCCUGGUAUAACCCCAGUAACGGAAAACGAUUGCCGGAUCCAAAAUCGUUUGCGGAUAAUAUCGGAUUGUUUAUGCCGCCGUGGCUUGACACAGAAUUCACGAUGGACGCGCCUUGCUUGAAUUUGGACAGGCAAAAUCAUCUCUCAGCUUUAGUGUACGGUCUCGCAUGCGAUACCCCGCAAUAUUCUAUUUGCAUGAUAGGUAAGAUCCUCAUUAUGCCAUUUGGUCACAAUUAA